CUUUUCGAGUGGAGGCUGGCUUGACCGCAGUUUUAUUUUGAAGGUGUCUUUCGGCGCCAGUUGGCGACCUAUUACCGUAAUGCCGAGGAUGAACAAAAUUAGGGGCGGCCGGCUUGACUGCUACUUCACGAGUGGAGGCUCGCUCGAGCGCAGUCCGGUGGUGUUGAGAGACAACAUUGUUUUACGGACCAAACAUUUCCCAAAGAAGAGAGAAAACUAAGAAGGGAUUGUGAGAGUCGCUUCCACGUUGCUUUACUCGGCACUUGCUAAGUUGCUAACCUUGCGUUGAGAUGUUCGCCUGCAGAGCGGCCUGGCAAAGGUGCGGACCUUUAGCGAGGAGAGCAGCCUUCCGGCUGCCCCGGGAUGGUUUGCUACAGAGGCAAAUGUCAUCAAUGCCUGGCGGGUCUGGAGAAAACAUAGUUUACACUGUGCUGUGUGGUGGCGUCUUAGUUGGUGCUGUGUCAUACGCUUUCAAUACUGUGUCUACUGACAGUGCCAGGUUCAAUGAUCGCAUUUCUGAAAUCAAAACUAGACCCAAGAAAGAAUGGACGCCUAAACCAUGGCCUCCUAAGCGUGGUGAAGCGGGACCAGCGGAAGAAGCCAGUGAAGAAGCGGCUGCUGAAGCAGCCGCUGACAGUGAGUCAGAGACUGUAGUGGAAGCAGUUGAGGAAAUUGUUGUCGAGGGAGCCGAGGUUGUCAUUGAGAUGGCAGAGGAGGUUGUACCGGCUGCACAGCAAGCGGAGGUCAUGGCAGAUGAAGCGGUCCAAGUGGCUGAAGUUGUUGAGGAGACUGCCCACACGAUCACGGAACAAGUUGCUACUGAGGACCCUGAAAGCAAUGUGGUGCUGGCAGCUUCUCCUAUGCUGGAGGGAACUGAAGUAGAGGAACAAGUGGUAUGUGCUGCAGCUGUUAAUGAAGCAGCAGUCAAAGAUGCACUUCUGCCCCCAGGAGUAAUGGAAUCAGUUGAGACUGCACUAGCAAUGUUGGAUGAGGAGGCAGCCCCGUCACCAGUGGAGGCUGCAUGGGCAGUUGAAGAAGCCUCAAGACAAACUGAGGCUUUAGUAGGGGAGGAGGUCCAACCCACAAUAGAGCCUGCACCAUUGGUUGAGAUAGUGGUCACCCCUGCACCAGUGGUUGUAGACGCCCCAACACUAUUGGAGGUUGCACCAGCAGUCGGGGAGGCGCCAAUACAUUCAGAAGUCACACCAGCAGCUGAGAAAUCCACUACACUAGGGGAUUUUACACUUGCAGUUGAAGAGGCUUCAACACCAGUAGAGGUUGUACCAGAAGUUGAGGAGGCCCCAAUACAUUUAGAGGUUGCACCAGCAGUUGAGGAUUCCAUAACACCAGGAGAUUUUACACUGGCAGUUGAAGAGGCCUCAACAUCAAUAGAGGUUGUACCACCAGUAGAGGAGUCGCAAGUAGCGCUUGCAUCAGUAGUUGAGGAAGUGCUCACACCGGUAGUGGUUGAGGAGGCCUUGCCGUUUGUAGAGGCUGCACCAGUGGUUGAGGAGACCCCAACACCAGUGCCAAUGACACAGACUGUUGAGGAGGAGCCAAUAUUGAUGGAUGUACCAGUGGUCGAAGAGGCCUUGACAACUGUAGAGUGUUUCCCAGCAACUGAAGAUUCCCUGCCCUCAACUGUCCCUGCACCAGUGGUCGAAGAGGUCCCAGACACAGUAGAGAUUGCACCAGUGAUUGAUGAAGCUUUGCCACCUUUUGAUUCUACCCCAGCAAUUGAAAAGACUACACUAGUGGUUCAGGUACAGGCUUCACCAGUGAUCGAGGAGACUACGUUACCACUUAAGUUUGAAACAACAGUUGAGGAGAUUCUUUCAACAGAAGAACCGAAUAUUGACUUGGCUAGCUCAAUAGAGGAAGAAGCACCGCCACCUCUAGUAGAGGCUCUAGAAAAAGAUUCCAAGCGAGAGUACAUAGUUGUGGUUUUGGAAGGGACACCUAAGGAAGAUAAGUCUCCCAAAGUGCUAGGAGUGGCACCAAUGGCUGGACGAAUCAUCCCAGCACCAGAAGAUGAGGAUAAGCGACAUCUUCAUAGGGUCCAAAUGCAGUGAAUUCAACUAAGUAAAUGGUUCCGGAAUGAUGGCUCCUGUGUAGCAGAAGAAGAGGAAUGCGUCUUUUCUUUUUCCUUUAACAAAUGCACCAAUGUUAUAUUAAAAGGGUCACUAGAUUUAGAAUAAUGCUUAUUUUAUUUUUCAAACGCACACGCAAAAUUCUUAGUACCCUUCCUUUUAAAGAAAGAAAAUCCUUCAACGGCCAUUGGAAUAAAUUUGCCAACCCCUCCUGGGAGAAUGUCCUUUGGACAAAUGGAAACACAAAUGGGGUGGGGGGGGGAGGACUUUUUCUGUACAGGGUGUCGUGAAUCUGUCAGCGACAAUGAAAUCUCAGGGCUAAUGAGUUAUUCUGGAGCAAAGAUGUGCUGCCCUGUGUGAGGAAAAUUGGAUCUCAGCUGCGGGUAAUGUGUCCUCAUGAUCAUCGAUGGAUAAAUGACCCAAAACGCAUCAAAACACCCAAGAAUAGCCAAGAACCAAACUUUGGACCAUUCUGAAAACCCUGAUCUAGAUUCUAUUGAGAAUCUGUGGAAAGUGCUGACACAGGCAGUCUGGAGGACGUUGCUCACCCCCACUUACACAUCCACCUUUAGCAUUUACUACCUCAUGAUUGCUCCAUUAUACCGUAUGUUCAUAUUUCACUCUCCAGCUGCAUGUGAUGUGAUUCGACAGUGUUCUUGGCCUACUGUACCAAACAUUCCAGUCUCCAAACUCAGGUUUUUACCUCGCAUCCGUUUGUAGCUGGACCAACUGGACAAUCAUGCUUUGUCGAAUGAGGGAAAUCAAAUAAGUCCAGUAGCCCAAGACGCCAACCUCAAAUGUUCAUGUUUCAUUCUUAAAAAAAGAUAUACGGGCUACGUCUUAUUUAACAUAUUUUCCAAAAACAGGACACUAUUUCAGCAACAGCAAUACAAUACAUUCAUGGAGGCAUUUGAUCUUCUCUUCAUUUCCUUUCCAGGGUAUUUGAACUUUUAACUAACCUUAAAAAAUGUCAGAUUCCUCAUCUUUUAUAAUACCAAUAUAGUAUUGUAAUGCACUUCCAUCAUGAACCUAGUGGAGGUAAAAUACUGGAACAUCUUUAUUGUAUGAAAAUUCUGUAGAUGAUUUGAUUGUUACAGCUUAACUGGCCUUUCUGUCUCUGUCACUUUCUUAACAGGUUAAGAUUGAUUAGGAAUGGUAAUUUUGGCUUUUACUCACGUACUGACAGUCAUUGAUACCACAUUGUAGUAGGGUAUAAGCAUCGUGCGCCUUUAACAUGUGGUCCAGUUUAUGUGGAGGAAAUAAUUGUUUGAUCCCUCACUGAUUUUGUAAGUUCGCUCGCUGACAAAAAAACAUGAGCGGCCUGUAAUUUAAAAGACAUAAAUAGGCGAUGGAAGAAAAUGGAAUAAACUGUCCCAUCUCCUUUGGGGCUCCUCGCAAGAUUUCACCUCGCGGGGUAUCAAUGAUCUUGAGAAAGGUUAGAUAUCAGCCCAGAACUGCAUGAGAGACGCUUGUUAAUGAUCUCUAGGCAGCUGGGACCACAGUCACCAAGAACAACAUUGGUAACGCACUACGCCGUAAUGGAGUAAAAUCCUGCAGCGCCUGUAAGGUUCCCCUGCUCAAGAAGGCACAUGUGCAGGCCCGUCUGAAGUUUGCCAAUGAGCACCUCAAUGAUUCAGAGAAUGAUUGGAAGAAGCUGAUGUGGUCAGAUGAAAAAUCGAGCUGUUUGGAAUCAAUUUGACAAAACGUGUUUGGAGGAAGACGAAUUCAGACUAUGACCACAAGAACACCAUCCCCACAGGGAAAUAUGGAUGGAGCCUUUAACCCUGAAAUCCUGCUCUCGCAGCUUAAAUGGGUCAUGGAUGGUCUUCCAGCACAACGAUGACCAAAAGCAGACAGCCAAGGAAAUGAAACGGUGGCUAAAAAAAGAAGCGCAUGAAGGUCAUCAGAAUCAGAAUCAUCUUUGUCCAAAAAACACACAAGGAAUUUGUCUCUGGUAGUUGGAGCCGCUCGAGUGCGACAACAGACAGUCAAGAACACUUUGGAGACAUAAAGACAUCGACAAAAACACUCACUGAGCAAUAAAAGGUUGCUAGUAAUCUGGUAAUCCCGGUACAAUUUCUUUUUUUGGGGAGUGGCCUAGCCAGUCUUCAGACCUAAAUCCCAUGGCUCUGUGGAGGGAGCCGAAGCUUCAAGUUGCUACGGCGCAGCCUCGAAACCUUAACGAUUUGGAAAGGAUCUGCAGACGAGUGGUCCAAAAUUCCUCCCGAGAUAUGUGCAAACCUGGUGAUCAACGAUAAGAAAUGUCUGACCUCUGUACUGGCCAACAAGUGGUUCUCCACCAAGUACCAAGUCAUGUUUUGAUAGGGGGUCAAAUACAUACUUCCUUCAAUGAAUUGCAAAAUAAUUGUAAUCUUUUGUUUGAUAUGGUUUUCAAAAUUGUCCUUUUGAUAUUCUGUCUCUCCCCGUUAAAAUACACCUACCGUUAAAAUUUGACCGUAGGCUGUUCAUGUCUUUGUUAGUGGCUAAACUUACAAAUUCAGUGGGGGAUCAAAUAAUUCCUUCUUCCACUGGUAUGACAGGCUUGAGGCAAGUGCAAACAGAUAUUUAUGUGCAUCUCUCUGUCUGGGGUGAAAAGUAUUGAAUCAGAAGCUACAGCUCUGUUAUACUGUACUUCCACUUUCAAAAAUGUCUCCUCAUUCAAACAUUUGUUUUUUUUUUAAAUUUUACAGUAGAGUAGUUGUUGGAUUUGAGUAUUGUUCUCUUUGCCAGGUUCCAUCUGGUAAGACUCAGGACUGUUUUAUGAUAAUGUAAAGCACAAUUAUUGACAUACUGCCAAGUAAUAGACAAAGUUAAAUCAUUACAUUCUUAUAAAGUUAAACGCACAAUUAUUUCCUCACACUUACAUUGAAUUUAUUGAAGAGACUAUUUCUGACUCAACCAUUGUACGGCAUUCACUUUCGGGAGACUUUAUGCUAAACGCUUAUAUGAUAUGACAAUAGUGACUGCGAUAUUUUUUAUUUCAAGAUCUUUAUUCAAACUUAGACAUGAACAUAAAAACAUGGAGGCAAUUGGUCUAUAAAAAAAUGUAGAAAUAUUCAAAUCACAAGAUACUGUAAAUAGAAGGGUAUAAGGCAUUGUAGACAUUUUUUAUUCAAGGUCAAUGAUAAGUCACUAAUGUAUUGCAGCGUAUAAAGAUUUGUAAGUUUCAAAGUAUGUGUACAAAUUAAAUGCAAGUAUUUGAAAAUUUGGAAGGGAUUUUGAAACUCACUUUGUGUACGUAAAAUUUUCCAAUUAGUAGCGUAAAAGAUGGUUUCAAUGGACAAAGACAUCAUGAUUACAUACAAAUAUUGUAAUGAUAUCACUGGGCACCACAAUUUUGGUUGACUUACGUCUGACAGCUGUUUUUAACUCAUUUUUGGGUGCGCAAUCCAAAACGGAUCUGUUUUUCUCCAUCACGUCAAGUUUUCGAACUAUACAGCCCUGUUUUCUUGAAAAAUACUGUACUUAACAGAUAUGUGGUUGCUUUAUAAAACUUGAAAUAUUGACAUACAAAGAAAUAUGAAAGAACCAGGCAUGACUGCAAUAUUUAUUGAACACCAUUAUGUUUUACAAAGGAUAUGGCACAAAUCCUCUUAAUUCCUACUAUGCUAGCUUUCUGUUUGCAGAUAUUGAUAGAACUGAUCUGUUGGGAGCUGCACAUAAAAUUCAGAAAAAUGCUCAAAUGUAGAAAUAAAAUGUAAACAAAGGCCAAAGCCCAACAAGGUCAUGAAAUAGUGCUAUUGGUAUUUAUAUUCAAUGUUCAAGUAUAUUCAGAAACGUGCUCAAAUGUCAAAGUAAAAUAACGGACAAAUUUUGGGACUAAUUUGUUCAGACGGGCACAGAAUUGUUUAGGAUGGAAAUAGCUUUUUGUCUGAGUUUUUGUGUUCACUUUGAAUCCCCUUUUGUUCCCUUUUGUUCCCCUUUGAGCCAUUAAACAAGUUGUGUGCCGUCACACUCACA